ACGUCUUUAGCUUACAAUAUAAAAUCAAAGUAUCAAGAAGGACUUAUUGUACGCAAGUUAUAACGCAAUUGUGGUUAUUAUAAAAUUGUAUUCUCAAAUAAGAUUAUAUCUAAGACCUCUUGCACAUAAGAGUUAUAUUCGUUCGUACACAAUAAGAGAUUAGGAUGAUAGUUCAGUGCGUGGUUAAGAUUUGUUGAUAAUCUCAGGUGUUGUGGUGUGUGUAUGAUAAUAAUACUAUAUGGACACCUAUGUCAAGUAGUUAUGUAUUUGUACAUAAAUAACAACGCGUUUAUCCACUGAACUACUUUGUACGAUUUACUACGUUCUUGUCUACUUUUAUAUUGUUUUGAUUACUUUUACGACUAAAUAUUAGUCAACAUGGCUCUCUGUGUCUGCAAAUGCCUAAAUGUUAUGUUAGAAAGUGAGAAAAUCGAAGAUAAUGUCGAUAUCGGGAAACUGGAUUUAUCUGCGGUGGAACAAAGAGAUAUUUUUUUCAGUGAGGUACAUUUGAAACUAUUAUCAUCUUCAAUGAAUGAAAUCAAGAUUCAUGUGGCACAACCAGCACUGGUGAGACGCCAGUCUGUGGGUCGCUGGACAAUUGAAUCUUGUCUCGGCUGUGCUCAAACAACACAUGCAAUAUCCCAUGACAGAUCUAUUGUACUAAUCUCUAAAUCAACUCAAGCAACACUGGAGAGGGUGAAUAAUUUGAAAAAGUCUCCAAACUUUUCGCCAGUAUUCAACAUGUUGGUCCCGGAGGUGACAAAUGAUGUUGAAAUGAAAGAGAAUGUUGAUACAAAUAAUGUGAUAAAACAAAAUAAUGUGUUCCCACCGACAUCACAAGCUAUCGGUACACUCAGCAAACAGCUCAGUCAGAUGUUGCAGUCACAGCUGGAGUCGGUAGUGGAGACUGUCCGACAGUUCAGAGAUCAAAAGUAUGCAGAAUUUGAAGCAUACAGGGAAAGGGCACAAAGGGAUCAUAAAAUUUUGUCUAGUAUUGUGAGCAAAGCUCGUCGUAAUGUUGAGAACGACAGUUGGAGAACGGACUCCAGCCUGGACAACGGCCCGCCCUCGCCAUUGCUGCCGCCGCAGCAGAGACGAAGACUGUCAUCAAUCAAAGAUGCCAAAAAAAUACCACAAAACAUAUCCAAGACGCACGCACAGAUGUCACAUGAGGAAGACUCUCUGGAUGCGGAAGACAUCUUUGACCUGGAUGGAAUGGACUCGCAGCAUAACAUGAUAUCUGAUCAAGAUGACUAUGAUUCUGAUCUUUCAGAAGGCAGCAACGACGAAGGCAUCCACAUCGCGCGCCCGCGCGGCGCCGCGCACGCCAACAUCGCGCGCUCGCUGCCCAUCUCCGUGCCUAACUUCACUAUGGACCGCACGCCCGUUAAGGAAAUUGACGAUUAUGAGGAGCCGCAGGACAUAGCGGCGAGCAUUAAGGCGCUGGCGCGCUCCGUGCACGGCGACGUGUUCGAGCUGCCGCGCCCGCGCUUCUCUACUCAGAUCUAAAUCGACCCGCCCUCGCGACGCGGGGCCUCGCCCCCGAGAUUGGCGCUCCGCCCUCGCCCCGCCCCCGCGACUCUGCCCUUCCUCUGUCAGCCAUUCGUAUUUGUAGUGUAUAAGGACAAGUGCUGCUCCGCAAUUCGAAUCUUUCAUACAUGUCUCGGUGUUGUGCAUAGUGUUUGUGGUUCGAUGUGUCCCAAGUUGUAAAUGUGUUGGUAAAUACACAUUGGUGCUUAAGAUAUGUGAUCGAAGUGGCCCUACGUCGUCAGCUCGCUGUAAAUGGUGUUUCGCGAGUGACUCCCCAGACUGUUUGAUUUGAAUGAAUAUUUUAUAAUUACUCAUUGACAAAAAUGUUUAUAAUAUAUCAUAGAAUUUCAAUAAUUUUGACAGGGUGAUCCGAUGAUUAACACAACAAUCAUUUGAUGUUAGUAAGUCGUACACACAAUCGUAGUUCGUAAGCGAGAGGCUAUGAAAUGUUGUUAUUGUAUUAAUUGUAGAUUAUCAACCAAAAAAAAAAGAUUUUUUGUUGAACAUCUGUGAAUCAAUCCGCAGAUGAAAAGUACUGAUUUGCCUUAAAACUAUUUCUGACUUGUAAUUGUGUGGAAGCAUUAUUUCACUGGAUCAACAGUAAGCAAUUUUACGGAAUGUUGAAGAGCAUUUUUCCUUGCAAGAUUUUGUUAGUCUGAACACUAGUAUGUGUGAUUUCGCCAUUAAGUGUAAGAACGUUUUGAGAAUAUUGUACUGCAUAAAUGAUAAUUUUAUAUUGAGUCUUCAGGUGCUAUUUUUUGCCAUAAGCUAUAGGUACUUUUGAGUAGUAUAUAUUUUUUUGAUAUACAAACAUUUCGCUUGUCAAAAAUAAUCAGUCAUUUUUUGUAUUUAGUAUUAAACAUGUAUCAUUUAGGUAUUGCUUAUGAUUUGUUUUUGUAUGAGAUUGCAUAUGUAAGGGUAAGAAGUAACUUGUAUCGGCUGAAUGCUCCGUGACAUAGUUAUAAAGAAUGUUAACGUAAGGCGUCAAUUAAUCGUUUAAGAGGAGGUGAGAUGUUGAUCUGGUAUAAUUUUGCGUGUGUGUCCGUGAAGUAGAAUUUGUUAAAAAUAUAUGUAUACACAUUUAAAUAUAUAACUUUACAUCUAAGUCAUAUCUCUGUUAAUAGGAACCUCAGAGUUUUCUAUUAAUUUUUAUGUCGUGUUAUCUUAAUGCUAAGUGAAAAAUGUACAAAAAAUUUAACUUGCAUUUCUUGCUAGUCUCCUAGGGUCACGAAUAAUCAAUGAAUUUGUUCAGUUUGUGGUAACUCGUAGCGUAUGAGUUUGAAAUCAUGGAUUCAUAUAGUACAUAGUUUAUUUCCUAUAUGAAUGACGGUCAUAUAAGAAUGUCUUUAUUUUUGUACCCGAUGUUUUGAAUGUCUAUGUAGAUUGGUAUCGGGAAGGGGCUUCAGUGAAUGAUCGAUAGGUUUGAGUUGUGUUAAAGAGGUCAGUAGAGAGUGAAACAGUGUCUUCCAGCAGCACUGCUCUAUAAGAGUUCUAACAGUCUUCGUAUUGUGAUGCAGAUCAGUUUUAUCGUAUGUGAAACAUUGUACUAAUAAAACUAUAUUAUAAAUGUUUCUUUGGUGUGACGAUCAUGAGAUGGACUUUGAAUGUAAAGAGGUUUAGUGAUUAUGCAAUAAAUUUUUAAUGUGA